AUGAACAUCUAUCAGCAAAACGUACUCGAAGGUUUCAAUCCAAGUACACCCGAUGAAGUUCCCAACAGCAGCGAGAUUUUGGCCCUGCUGCAUUUGGUGAUACCCAGUGACGAUGCUUUGAAUGAUAUGACGUUGAUCAACAGCUACAAUUCAAUCGAAGAUCCAUGUAUGCCCCAAGUGCUGGAUGUUUCACUACCAAUGACCCCAAUUCACGAUGCAGCAUUACCUGCCGAUCUAACCGAGCUCAUAAUUUCGCACAAUGUUCAGGUUCUGACUGAGCCAUUGUCUUGUCCGGUACAAAGCUGGAUAGAAACGCCAUCAUUUGUCGGCCCCGCCUUCUCGAUCGAGAUGCCUCAGUCGGAUCAUAUCGAUGCUCAGAAAUUGAUAGAGCUAUUCGAGGACACGGAUUCAUUGCAGGACAAGAGCAAACAGAAGAAUAGACAGCAGCUAGCAAAGGAAAGUGCAUCCGACAUGGCGGCGGUAGGCGCUGCGUGGUUGAAGGCUGUACUCGUGGAGCGCAGACAAUGCAUCGGUGCAAACGUCACGGUGGUGGCGCACGCUGCAAGGUCGAAGGCUGCGGGACAAGUAGCCAAGGUGGAGGCUUGUGCCGAGCACACGGUGGUGGCAAGUUGUGCACCGCCCCUGGCUGCAAGAAGGGUGCUCAACGUCAAGGAAAAUGUGCCACGCAUUCAUCACAGAAGUGCAGGGUCGAUGCUUGUUCGAGUGUUGCCCGGUGUAGAGGUUUGUGCAGCCGGCAUAAAAGACAGAAGCUGCACAUGUGAGCUCAAGCCGGCGAACCGAACCAAGCACUAA